AGACCCAAAAAAGCCAAAAAGGUGGUAAAAAAAAAAAAAAAAAAAAAGGGUCGCUUUCCGUUCCCUCCAUAUAUUUUUAAUUUUUUAUUCCGUUUUUAUACCAAAAAAUAUAUAUACCACAAUGACAGCGGUCGAAGGGAUUGCUUGGACAGUCUAUGGUAUAAUUGCACUUACGUCAUUUUUUCUGAGUGUGCUAUUUACGAGAUACUUUCAAAACAAGUAUGAAACCGAGUUUUUCGCAACGGUUGUUACCAUCUUGGCCUUGGGACUUGUGUUCUCAACGCUUUGUUUAUUACCGGUGGAUAUUUUUUUAGUUUCGAGUACGGUGGAUGUGAGCAAGGGAAUUAAAAAAGAGUGGGCAACAGAACAAGUCAUUCAACGCAUGACUUUUACCAUGAGCAUAGUGUAUUACGUGUGUUAUGGGUUAAUCACCGUAUUUAGCUUUAUUUUGAUCCCUUUUGCAUACUUUUUUUAUGAAGAAUUUGGCGAAGAUCAAUCCAACAAGGAUAGAAUAUUUGGUGCUUUAAAGUAUACCUCCUUUUUCAUCGUAAUAUCCGUCUUGUUGUCUAUUUUUGGCCUGUUUCUUAAACCUACAACAAAAACGCCAAAGAUUGAUUUGGAUUGGUUCAGAAAGCUUUUAACUGAUAGUAAUGGUGAAAAGGCAAUUACCUUUGUCAUUGCUUGCCUCAUCUUGCUUGGGAUGCUUGUUUUCAUUGGCUACACGGCGCCUGGAUUAUCCUUGUUACCGAUCAGUUUAAUUAAAGGACGCAAAGGCAUUGACGCAGAGCAAGAAGAUGUAGAGAAUCGAGUGGCAGCGAAUAAAGAGAGACAGCGUGUAAUUCGGUCUAGAUAUAUUGGACGCAACAUGCCUAAAACAGAAGCUGAUGUACUAGAUUCAUUGGAGGAUGAAGAAAGAGUUUUAUCUAGAAGACUUAGAGCUAUUCUAGUAGAUAAAACAAGCCUUUCUACCAAGAUCAUCAUGUACCUGCGACCCUUUGAAUUUUUACUUGGCAUGAUUUUGUUAUGCGUUACCUUGGUUUUGGUGGUGUCCAUCUUUUUAACAAUAAUAGACAAGAUUGCAUCUUCUUUAUGUGGAAGCCAAUGUGGCUAUGUUAUCAACCACCCUAAUUUAUUCAACCCGAUUAAUUACAUAUUUGUCAAGGUGUCUACAAUUUUCCCACUGGAUUACAUUUUUAUGGUCGGUUUGAUUUUAUACUUUUUCUUGGCUACGAUGUCAGGUGUCAUAUACAUUGGAAUCCGAUUCUUGUGGAUUACAUUGUUUAAAAUUCGAAAGGGUGCUACUGCACCACAAGGGUUACUUGUAACUGCAUUAUUAUUAACCUUGAGUUUAUUAGCCUUGAACUAUACUAUGACUACGACAGUAGCACCAGGUUAUACUCAUUUCGGAAGUCAAGUCUACUGUAAUCAAACACUUGUCAAUGGACAUCGUGACUGUACGGAUCAUAACGAGUUGAUUGUACGAUGUGACGUGUUUGGACCGACAGACAUUUGUACGCCUACAGUAUCAUCUACGAUGAUUGAUAGGAUUAUUGUCAAUACACCAUUUUUUGGGAUUUUCUUUUAUUAUUCACAAUGGGUAUUCUUGGUUGUGUUUCUGAUUGGAUUUGUCAUUGCAUUAUUUAAGAGACCCCGAAACAAUGUGGAUGCAGAUCUGCAAGAGCUCGUGGAUGAUGAAGAAGAGGAAGAGUUGUUGGAUAGAAGAAGAAAUAGUCACCGUAAUAGUAUUGGGACUGGUAGCGGUAGUGGCUAUUACCAAACCCUAACAUGAGAUGCACGCUUUGAUUUGACUAAUUGAAUAAAUUACUCCCUUAUAAAUCCUCCCCCUU